AUGUCCGGAGAAGCAAACGCCUCAACUGGCCUCGCAGCCAAGAUCGACAAGAAGCGCAAGAGGGAGGCCGAAGAAUCCUCUAGCUCCAAGCAGAGCAAGCCCAAUGCUCAGAAUCAGGCUACAGGCGACGGUUCGUCCGAGGGUCCCAAGAACAAGAAGCGGAAAAGCGGAAAGGGCAGGAAGGACAAGAAAGACAAGAACGACAAGAACGACAAACCGAAAGCUGUCAGGGGGGAGCCACUGGAGAAGGAGCGUAAAGGAAUCUCUGUCAAUGAGGCUAUUGGGAAAAUGGACGGCCGGCUGCUUGCCGACCAUUUUGUUCAGAAGGCCAAACGACAUAAUAAAGAGCUCACAGCUGUUGAGUUGAGUGAUCUUAGUGUUCCGGAGUCGGCUUUCCUUGAUACAUCGUCAUUUACGUCUUCGAGGAAUCUGGAAAAGCUUCCUGAUUUUUUGAAGGCAUUUAGUCCCAAGGGCGUCAACCUCUCAGACUCUUCAGAGCAAAAGGGUACCCCGCACACUAUUGUUGUUUCCCCUGCUGGUCUUCGUGCGGCGGAUGUGGUCAGGGCCCUCCGAAUGUUCCAAACAAAAGAGUCUCCAAUCGGCAAAUUGUUUGCAAAACACAUCAAGUUAGAGGAAGCCAAGCAAUUCCUCGAGCGGGCGCGAAUGGGAAUUGGGGCUGGAACUCCUGCUCGUAUUUCUGACCUGAUUAACUCAGGAUCCCUGAAGCUGGAUGAACUGAAACGUAUUGUUAUCGACGGCUCAUACGUUGACCAGAAGCAAAGGGGGAUAUUCGACAUGAAAGAGACACAUCUCCCUCUUUUACAGCUGCUUACUCGAUCGGAAUUGCGUGAGCGGUACGGAGCGAAAGAAAAGAAGAUUGAAAUCCUCGUGUUUUGA